AUGAGCUGGGAUAACAGCGAAGUCGAGCUUAGCUGCGUGGAGCAGCUCGUGGAGAUCAGCCAAGCGCGGGCGAUCGGCGACGCACUGCAACUUCUCGGCGAUGGCCACCUUGUGAAGGGGGGACGGCCGCUCACGAGUGUCUUGAGCGACCUCGAACAACAAAUCCAUGCAGAGGGAAAGCCUGUCGGAGAACAAGGCCUAGAUUCAUUGAGCCGCUUUCGGGAGCCGUGCCCCUUUUAUGUCAUGCCUCGUCGAUUUGAGCUCGCUGCCGCGGUCAACCGCCUCCGCACUGUGCAGAUGGUCGCCGACAGCAGCAAUGGUGACAACACCGCCUGGUGA